AUGGAAAUUGGAUCAAACACUAGUGAGGAUUCAACAACAACAAUAACCACCACGCCUGCAACAUUGGGAGCAACAUCUUCAUCGAUAGCAAAUAAUGGAGAGGGAGGAGAUAUUCAAGGUACAACAGUAACAACAACAACAAUAACAGAUCAAGGACAAGAAGCUUCAUCCGCUGAUACUCAAACAACAAGUAGUUUAUUUACAACAGCUGCUGAUGAUACAACAACAACUCUUGCUACUACAACUGCUAGUGCUUCAGAUGAUUCAACAACAUUAGAUAGUGCUACUGAUGUUAUUGCUUCUUCACCAAAAGGCAUAAAGAUAAAUAAGAAACCUUUAGAAGGCUCUAAACUCUUCACUCUAGCUGUCAUUCCAAACUAUAACAACGCCACAAAGGAAUACAAAUCACUGGUUCAAGUCGAUCCAACGAGUAGUCUCAUCACAAAGUACAAGAGUGUUCCUCCACCUGUUGAUCCGACUCUUGCAACAACAACAACUCCAACACCUGUUGCUGCUGCCACUACUACAUUGCCAACUCCAACAACAACCACCACUGCUGUACCGACUCCAGUAACACCAGCCACAGCAACAACAGAAAAAGUUGAUGUUGUUCCAUUGGAAGUGAUUGAGCAAGCUAAAGUUAUUCCUGGAUUGUUUAUUGAAGGAUUUUUACCAUUCUACAAGUCUGGUUUGUUUACUGAUGCUACAGUUACAUGUGGUGGUGUUCAAUUCAAGGUACACAAGAUGGUUCUGGGUUAUAGAUCAUCCUAUUUCAGAGAGAUAUUCCAAACUACUUCGGAUUGUGUUAUUGAUGAGAAGAGUUCUAAUUUAUCAUUGUGUAAUGUUGAUCAAGUUUUUCCAACAGUCAUUGAAUAUUUAUAUUCGGGUAUGAUUACCAUUGACAGAUACAAUGUGGUUUCUUUGAAGUUGUUGGCCAACUUUUUAGAUGUAGAUCCUUUGAAGUGUGAAGUUGAAAACUUUUUGCUUUCAUUUAUCAAUGCAGAGAAUGUGUUUGAUGUUUUGGAUUCUGCUAUUAUUUCAAAUGAUAAUUCUAUCAAGAGUAUUUGUGUUGAUUCUAUUGCUUAUAACUUUGAUAUUCUUAAUCAAAAGUUGGUGGAAAAGGUCUUUGAUAAUGAUCGUAAAUUCCCUCUUGAUAUUUUCUUCUCCAUUAUUGGAAAUAAGAAUAUGAAGAGUAAUCCAACCGAAGAGAGAGUUAAAAUUGUUUCAGAAAUUGUACAGAGAUUUAUUGACGAGUUCAAAGCAUUUGAUAAUAUUGAAUUAUUUAAAAACAUUAUCAAUGCAUCUGUAGAUUCUAGAUCAUUGGAUGUAGAACUUGCUAUCAAGUAUUUACAAUACUGUGAUUCUCAUGUACCAGAAUUGGAAGAGCAAUCUGGUAAAUGUUCACAAAUUUUGGCUGCAAACUUUUACACUUUACUCAACUCUGGUAGAAGUACAAUUAUUUAUGAUGUAUUGCCAAAUACAUUUGUAGAAUUAUUGAGAUGUGAUGAACUUUAUACUAAAGAUGAGGAUCAAGUUUAUGAAAUUGCUUGCAACUAUAUUGAAAGUAAUAAGGACAAGUUGACUCAAGAACAAAAAGUCCAAAUAUUCAAAUGUGUAAGAUAUACCUACUUGAGCAUUCCACUCUUGACUAAACUCAAGAAUGAUCCACUCUUUGUAUCUAAGGAAGACAUUUUGGAAGCUUUGUGGAGUAGAGUUAGCAGAUUGGAAGGUAAGAAGAAUGAUGAAUCUGUUUACAGCACGAGACCAAGAAAAAUUCGUGUCUUUAUCUAUGAAAAGGACUUUGAUACUAAUGGAAUCUUGUAUUGGUUGGGUACCAAUUACAGUCAAGAAGCAUACACUAGCCCAAUGGAUAGAUCGUACCUUUCUGUUACUGCCUCAUCCAACUUUGAGGUUGGCUCAGCAAAGGACUUGGUGAGUCAUGAACCAACUAAAUGUAAUCUUAUUGGAAAGGCCAAUGCUUUCAUAAUUAUCAAAUUUGAAACCAUUAGAGUGAUGCCAACCAAAUAUUCUCUCAGACACACCAUGUCUAGAGAUGGAGAAGCUCUUCGUCAUUGGACUUUGAGUGGAAGUUCAGACGGUAUCAAUUAUUCAGAUAUUUUCACACAUACCAAUGACCAAGCUUUGAAUCUCAAAGGCUCUACCGGUUCCUGGGAUUUGAAUUGUACCUCAUACUAUCAAUAUUUCAAAAUUACUCAAACUGCUAACAAUUCUUCGAACAAUAAUUAUUUUUCCCUUGCAGGUGUUGAAUUUUAUGGACUCAUCUCAAGGAUUUGUGAAUAAAUCUCUUUGUAU